AAUCUUAGAACCUAUCCCUUAUAGGUAGGGUCCGAUUAUUGUGAAAAAAAUAGGAUACCUGGACCCGAACACCUCUAAAUAACAACCCAUCCCCGAGAAACCUGAAGAUUUAAAUAGUUAAAAAAUGAAUUAAAAAAGUUUUUGCCUUUCGAUAUCUUGGUGAGGAGAUCCCACGGGAAGAGACUCGGUGUCAGAGUCAUGCUAGAAAUUGCUUUUGACAGCCCAUUCUCUCUCUUCAAGUGGGCUUUCUUUCUUCUUCUCAAUCCGGGCAAGUCCUGUGUCCUCAACCUUCUGAAGCUUCUCUGUUUAGCCGCUCACCCUCCAUCGUUGCUAGUUGGCUGCCGAUAAGCCACCCCCAGCCUCGGCUGCUCCGGCCAGCCCAGCCACGCAGGCUCUGAGCCUACUGAUAGAGUUGGGUUUUGAAGGACAUGGCAACAAGGGCACCAGCUUUUCUUCCUCCCUCCAGAUUAGAAACUCAGAAUUCUCAUAAUGGUGGUAUUCCUCCUAGAGAACCUAUAAUACCUAGGAGGCCAGAGCUCUCUUUCUCCAAGCCAUCUUGGAUCGUGCGAACUGAGUCUAACGUGCGUAAAGAAGCUAGAAUGAGGCUGGAUCCACCUUGUGUCGUAUGUAAAGGCAGUGGAAGGAUUGACUGCCACCCCUGUAAUGGAAGAGGCAGGACAAAUUAUAUUCACUUGGCAAUGCUGCCAAAAGGCGCAUGGCCGAAAUGGUGCAGAAGGUGCGGCGGAAGUGGUCUUGACUACUGCUCGCGUUGCCUCGGUACAGGAGAAUAUCGGUACAUAAUGGGCUUCCGAUUUAUGGAGAGAGACACCAAUAGCAAUGGCAAAUAAAACCGUUAUGGGAAACAAUUCCGGGGUCAAGAAGAGCGCUGCUACUCCUAGUCCAAAAUUUUCAUCCUAGGUUCGCACAGAUUGCCUCGUUGAGUUGUGGCUCGUGGGGACGUUGUCUGAAGGGGUACUAGGGCCUCCAUACCACUGCGCAGGUAUGGAAGCUUUAACUGAGCACCUUGCUCAGAAUUCUGUCGCUCGUGAAUUCGACUUGCUUACUCAACUUCAUCAUGUCAAAAAAGGAGACAAAUCCCUGCUGUAAUACCUUCGUGCUUUUGAGUUAAUUUGCCAUCAGUUAUGUGCUAUUAGAAAACCUAUUUCAGAGAUUAAUAAGGUUUUCAGAUUGCUGGAAGGACUUGGGGAUAAGUACGAGUCCAUAAAGAUGACAAUGCUCCGUCCUCCCAGCCCAUCCUAUGCUAAUGUUGUUGGUCAGCUCCAAAGCUAUGAGCUGAGGAACAAGAAGUUCGUCAGUGCAGUCCUUCCAGCUCAUUCUGUCGCUUUUGCAGUAAAAACACAAUGGGAAAUUGAAAUUCCAGUAGAGGUCGAGGCACCCCUCGAGGCAGGAACUCAUUCAAUCGUGGAGGACGCCCUCCGCAGUAUCAGAACAAGGAUCAGACCGGACAGAAUCAAUCUGGUUCAAACAAGUCGUGGAUUCCUACAUGUCAGAUUUGCAAGCGGCACGAAUAUACUGCAUUGUGAUGCUACCAUAGGUUCGAGAAUAGCCAUCAAUCUAUUGAUGCUCCUCAAGCUUUGGCUGCUCUCAAUAUAUCUGACUCGGCUGAUGAGGAAUGGCACCCCAACACCGGAGCCAAUAUUCAUGCCACCAAAAGUACAGGUAAAUUAAAAAAUCAGGUUCCUUAUCGUGGCUCGGACAGUUUUGAUGCUAAGGCAAUCUCUGCUGCGUACAUGGAGAAUUAUGAUUGAGAGAAGCCCAAGCUCCAUAAGCCCGAGAGGAAGAAGUCUGAGAAUAAGAGGCCUACAUGUGCAUCCCAACACGUGAAGGCCGGAAUAAGCUGAUAUGGUUGGAAGGAGAAGUCAGGCAUAAUUGAGUAGAGAAGUCAGCUAUUCAUUAAAGAAGUAGUUGGUUGUAAUCUGCCGCAUACGCUUUGAUCCUCUCCCAUUGAAGGCAUGCUACAUGUGAUCUUUGUUUUUUGGCUCCCAGUAGACAUGAUUCUAUGAAAAGGCAGUGGAAAUUUUCAUGUUA